UGAAAUAUCAGAUUUUGCUUCGCGUUGUUCAUCUGAUCGAUGGCGAUGACUGCUCUUCUCAGCUUCCACUCCCUCUCCAAUUCCGCCUUCUCCCCUCCCGAACCUCUCCAAUCGCAUCUCUCCUCCCUUCCCAAACUUCAAAUUGCGGUAAAGAUCUCGGCUUUUCUACCUGCGCCUCGACCAAAUGUUCGCGCCACCGCUCUCGCCGAGAUUGCUGCGUCGCCAGAUGCGAUCACCACCAACUCCGAACUUGAAAGCUUGUGCAAAGAAGGGAGCAUCGAGUCCGCCUUCCAACUUCUCGACGAAACGGCCAGAAGAGGCGCCCCAAUUCCACCCGCGACCCUCCUCCUGCUCCUUCGCUCAUGCGCGGACACGCGGUCGAUCGACCUCCUCAGGCGCGCCCGUCGUAGAGCGAUGAGCACUCCCUUGGGAUCCACCAAACCCUUCGUCGACCAAGUCGCCGCCUUGUGCUGCAAGCUCGGCGGCGCCGAGGAGGCUCGCAGCGUGUUCGACGAAAUGCCCGUGAGAAGAAGCCGUCGCCGGAGGGGCAGCAGGGGCGGAAGCGGCGGCGGCGGCGGCGAGGCGGAUCCCAAGAGGCGGGAGGCGUACGAGAAAGUGCGGCGGUUGCACGAGGAGAUGAGGGCGGCAGGUUACGUGCCGGACACCCGGUUCGUGCUCCACGACGUCGACGAGGAGGCGAAGGCGCAGGCCCUGAUGUACCACAGCGAGCGCCUGGCCAUCGCCUACGGCCUUGUCUGCACACCGCCGGGCACGACGCUACGCGUGAUGAAGAACCUCCGCAUCUGCGGCGACUGCCAUACCGCGGUGAAGCUCAUCUCGAAGCUGGAGGGAAGGGAGAUCAUCGUGCGGGACAACAAGCGCUUCCACCACUUCAGGGACGGCGCCUGCUCCUGCAGAGAUUACUGGUGAUCGAGCUUGGACCUCCGCCACCAGUCUCUAUAUUCUCCUCUGCAGCUCAAAAUCUCACCUGACAAUUAAUGUACAUUUUGCAUUGAUAAUGAAUCAAAUACAACUCGAGGAAUUUGGCAUUUGAACGUUUAUUGCAGUGAAUUCACUAUCAAUAUAGCUCAAGUUGGCGGUGAUCUCCGAUAAGCUAAUGGCUGAAGAUUCCCAGCGCUGAAAGCUCUGGAGGUACGAGAAGAGGCCGAAGUCGCAGUAGGUGCGCCACUGAGGUGGGAGUACUCGUCGAGCCUAAGCCUGUAGACCCUGUUCGAAGACUGGUACUUUGGGUACAUGGUGACGAACUCGGCGAAAGCCUCCUCAAGGGCUGGGAUGGAGUCGGAGGAGAGAAAGGUGCGGUCGGCGGCAAGGGCGGUGGCGCGGAGAAACUCUUGCUGGGCUCGGAGGCAGGCCAGCGACUUGGAACUGCUGAUGGAGCCCUGAGAUUGCCGAAGUCGUCGGCGUCUAUCUCCUCUGAGGUUUCAUCCAGUGCCUCCCGGAGCUGCUAUCCUUUCCUUUCUGAAACACUGAAUCCCAAGAGGAUCAAACAAGAUGUCAACUUUUGGAAGACUUACCUCGAUCGCCGGCGACGGAGAGGGAGAUGAGCACAGAAGGAAACAACAACAACAACAACAACAAAAACUCCUUUCUCACUUCCACUGAGGUUGAAUCAAAUCCGCAAAGCUCAAAUGGAGGAAAUCAAGCAAAUGAACAGAGAUCCAUCAGAAGAUCAACCGAAAUGAAAGCGCGGAAGCAGAAAGCAGAUCAAAAGGGGGAUCG